CAAGCCAGGGCAUUAAAAUCAGCACAAAGCAAAGUUCUGCAGGUUCUAGAGGCAUCAUCCACUGAGGGAGCCCCCACACUGAGACACACUCCCCCCAACCCCAGCAAAGUUCAUGUCAGAGUUGACCUCUGUUUUGCUCCAAAGUGCUCCUGGCUUCAUUGGGCACCAGUCUUUAAAAGCGUUUUAAAGAGCUCACCCUGUGAGAAGAUCCCCCAGUGCCUGACUCUGUACCACACGCUCCUCCUCCCCCUCUCUGGCAGACCUCAGAAUGGAUCCAUCAUCUUGUACAACCGCAAGAAGGUGAAAUAUCGCAAGGACGGCUACUGCUGGAAGAAGCGCAAGGACGGGAAGACCACUCGCGAGGACCACAUAUGGAAGCUAUGAAAGUUAGAAAGUAAGGGGUCGGAGUGUCUCUACGGCUGCUACGUCCAUUCAGCCAUCGUCCCAACAUUCCACCGGCGUUGCUACUGGCUGCUGCAGAAUCCGGACAUCGUACUGGUCCAUUACCUGAACGUCCCGGCCAUUGAGGACUGUGGGAAGAUCUGUGGCCCCGUCCUCUGCUCCAUCAACAGCGACCGCAAGGAAUGGCUCAAGUGGUCGAAGGAAGAGCUGGUCGGGCAGCUGAAGCCGAUGUUCCACGGCAUCAAGUGGACCUGCAGCAACGGGAACGGCACGGCGGAGUUCUCCAUUGAGCAGCUGGUGCAGCAGAUCCUAGAAAGCCACCAGUCCAAGCCCCUGCCACGGACCCACGCCUGUCUCUGCAGCAGUGGUCUUGGAAGUCCCGGCCACGUCCCGCACAAAUGCAGCAGCACGAAGCACCGGAUCAUCUCCCCCAAGGUGGAAGUCCGCCCUUGCCCUUACCCUGCAUUGACGGAGGUCCAGAACAUUUCUGGCAGCGCUGAGACAAAAGCUGAGCCUGAACCGGCCAAGUCAUCGGGAUCCGAUAAGGACUCAAAGCUGGCCAAGGCCCUCUCGCCUCGCCUGGUGGACGCCGCUCCCGACCCCACUCGGCCCUCGCCUAGUUUGGUGCAGUCCAAUGGCUUCCCCAAGCAGGAGCUGCCAGCUGUCACGCUCUCGGUCGGCCUCCCAGGGAGCACCAUCUUGGUCAUGACUGGCCUCAGAGGUGCAGAGAAACCCCUGGCGCUCACUCCUAGCCAGCAUCUGGUCUCUGGAGAUGGGGGUGGGUCACUGGCCACCCCUCUGGGGUUGGCUCUCUUGCCCGGACCGGGCCUGGUCCUAUCGCAGAACCUGGAAGCCACCAUGGAGACUAAUGAAGUGGGCCCAGAGACCUUUGACCCCGACUGUUUUCUGAACAGCCCCAAGCAGGGGCAGACCUAUGGGGGUGGGACGGGUCUCCAAGCCAAACCGGAGCCUCCAGAGACUUCUGUCCCACCAGCUUACUCCCUGUUUGUGUCCACAAACCGCUUCUUCAUCCAAGACGAUGGAGCCGGACAAGUGCCAAGGCCGCCUUCCCCCUCUGCUGCGGAGGGCCCGGAGGCGAAGGACAGCUCCGAGACCCCCAUGGAGACCGCAGGGGAAGUGGGCUUGCAGGCCGAGCGGGUGCUGGGCGAGGGCGGGGGUGGGGGCCGAGCAGAGGAAGUGACGGGGAUGGCGGCCACAGAACUCCAAGAAGAGCUGUACUCCAUCAUCCAGACGGCAGCCGCUGCGGCGGCAGGCAGCUCCUUCAGCCUCUCCUUCGACAGCCACUUCCCGGACCUCAUGAACGAGCUGAUGACUGAGGAGCCUGGGCCUGACAGCGUGCCCCCCGGCCCCAAGGAAGGCAACGGUGGCCCAGGCAGCCCCGCCUCGGCCCUGCCUGAGGCGCUGGUGCAGCCCUGCUAUACAACGGAAGGAGCCCCACAGGGCUCCCCCCAGCCGCUGGUGUCCAUCACAGACUUCUCGCCCGAGUGGUCCUACCCAGAGGGUGGCGUCAAGGUGCUCAUCACCGGUCCUUGGAUGGAUGAGGAGGAGACCUACACGUGCCUCUUUGACCAGAUUUCAGUCCCUGCCUCUCUUAUCCAGUCUGGGGUGCUCAGAUGCUACUGCCCAGCCCACAAGGCAGGUUUGGUGCCCCUGCAAGUAGUUUGCGAUUCCCGGUUGCUCUCCAUGUCAGUUCUCUUCGAGUACCGGGCCCGGAACUUCAUGGCGCUGCCCAGCACCCAGCUGGAUUGGCUCUCCUUGGACGACAACCAGUUCAGAAUGUCCAUCCUGGAGCGCCUGGAGCAGAUGGAGAAGCGGGUGGCUGAGAUGACGGCCGCUGCAGCCCCCCAGCCGCUGCGUGGGGAGAAGCCGCCCAGCCAGGCUGCUUCGGACUCCUUUGAGGACCGCAUUGUGGCUCUGUGCGAAAAGAUGAUGUCUCGGUCCUGUUGGCUGCGCUCAGAGACGCUCGUCCACCACGUCAGCUUCCGGGGGAUGACGCUGCUGCACUUGGCUGCGGCACAAGGCUACACCCGCCUCAUCGAGACCCUCAUCAAGUGGCGAAACAUCAAUGCUCAGAGCCUGGAUCUGGAGCAAGAGGUGGACCCCCUGAACGUGGACCAUUUCUCCUGCACCCCUCUGAUGUGGGCCUGCGCCCUCGGCCACUUGGACGCCGCCCGGCUACUCUACCACUGGAACAGCCAGGCCCUUUCCAUCCCGGACUCUCUGGGCCGCCUCCCACUCACCGUGGCCCGCUCCCGUGGCCACGUCAAGCUGGCCACGUGCCUGGAGGAACUGCAGCGGCAAGAGGAGGGGCCUCCUGAGCAGCCGGGCCUGGACCACCUGGGGGAGGCUCCAGGGGGCUCUGUCAAGGCUGGCCCCGGCCCCCGGCGCCCCGUGGAAGCCCUGCGCAUCCCCUCCCCGCUUUCGGCCAGUCCAGACACAGGGCUCAGCACUGCCAGCGGCGUCUCGUCCCCUUCUGAGCUCUCCGAGGGUUCGGUGUCCAUCACCUCGGCCUACUCCAGUGGCUCUGCGCUGCGGGAGUCGCCCGCCUACAGCCCUGAAGCCGAGGGGGCCAUGGACGUCUGCCAGGGCCCUCCCGCCCCUGGGCACGUGGCCAGCUGGUACCUGCAGGAGAACGCCAGCUCCCCCGGCCUGCCUCACACCCCCUUCUUCAUGGACUACGAUGAGGUGGGGGCGACGGGAAGGCCGGUGGGGGGCCCCAAAGCAGACCUGGAGCCAGAGUUGCUGAGCUACGGGGAAAACACGGUGAAAAUCCAGGACUACCUGCCCAUUGACAGAAAGUCCAGCUCAGGGCUGAUGAGUAGGUCAGGUGAAGGAAAGGGGAACGGUGGAAGCCCCCUUGGGUCCUCAGUGGACGUGAUCACUCUGGCCAAACAGAUCAUCGAGGCCACCCCAGAACGCAUCAAGCAGCAGGAGGAUUUCAGCUCAGCCGAGGCCCCGCUCCGAGAGCGGCCGGGGAACUUGGGCCUGAGCGAGACCAUGUCCUGGCUGGCCGGCUACCUGGAGAACGUGGACCAGCUGCCCUCCUCCUCCCCAUGCAGCCCCCUGCCCUCCCCGCUGGGGGAGCUGUCCUUUGAACGCCUGCCCCCGCCCCCCACAGUGGCCAGCUGGGCCGAGUUCCUCAACGCUUCAGCCAACGGGAAGAUGGAGAGCGAGUUCGCCUUGCUGACGCUGUCCGACCACGAGCAGCGGGAGCUCUACGAGGCUGCCAAAAUCAUCCAGACGGCCUUCCGCAAAUACAAGGGCCGCCGGCUGAAGGAACAGCAAGAGGUUGCUGCUGCCGUCAUCCAGAGAUGCUACCGCAAAUAUAAACAGCUAACCUGGAUUGCGCUGAAGUAUGCCCUCUACAAGAAGAUGACGCAGGCGGCCAUCUUGAUCCAGAGCAAGUUCCGCAGCUACUACGAGCAGAAGAGGUUCCAGCAGAGCCGGCGGGCGGCGGUCCUGAUCCAGCAGUACUACCGCAGCUACAAGGAGUAUGAGAAACUGAAGCAGGGCCACCGCGGCUCGUCCGCCAUGCAGCAGAAGAUCAAGGGGACGUUCCUCACCAAGAAGCAAGAUCAGGCCGCGCGCAAGAUCAUGAGGUUCCUGCGACGUUGCCGGCACAGGAUGAAGGAGCUGAAACAGCGGCAGGAGGUGGAAGCUACUCAGAAGCGGAGCGUGGCCACUUAGCCGGAGCCGGACUGCGCUGGGCCACCACCGAAGAGUCUUAACCCCAGAUGAGGCCCCUUGGAGGAUCCGAGCCUAGCUGCCCACUCCCCGCCCCCCACCCCGGACUGUGCAAUAGGACGGGCCGUGGAAAGACUGCUGUCUGUCUGUCCCCUCCUCUUCUUCCUGGGGAGGGGGGAAAUGCUCAGAGGCCCCCUUUCCCGAAUGCCAGCACUGAGGCCCCAGAAGGGGGUCCAGCCCACCCCGACCCCCACCUACGCAUGCUUUGCCUUCGAUCCGUGCCAAGUCUCUCUUUUCUGCCCAGGGCUUCGGUGUGGGGGGGGCUCCUGAUGGGCGAUCCCUUGAGGGCACCCUUAGUGGUCUCUCUGCUCACGGCCCACCCCCUCGCUCCCACCCCACGCGGAACCCUCGCGGACUUUGUAUUCCCUGUCCUUUGCAAUGCACUUUUGAAACACCCCCCCCAUUACUCCCUUCCACUCCUCCUUCCACACGUGUACAUAGUUGGGGGGGUUCCAGGCAGGCUUCCCCCCCCCCGCCUCCUGUACAUAUUUGUAACAUAAAAGGUUGUACUUCAGAAUCUAUUUAAUGUGGAGCACUCCUGCCUCGCGUGGGGUGGGUGGGGUGGGGUGGGUGGGGGGAGAUGCAUGGGCUUUUAUUUGGGGGUCGCGCUCCCUCCCACCCGGACAGCGACACACACCCCUCCGCGUUCCGGCCCUCCGUUCUUUCUACAUUUUUGCAUGAACUUUGUUUUGUUUGUACAAAUUUACAUUAAACAGCAGGAAAAAGA